CGGGGCCGGCAGUGAGGGAGGGCCCGCGCAUGCCUGCCGUGAGCCGGGCCCCCCGCCCGGGCGAGGCUGAGCUCCGCGCAGCCGUUGCCGGCCGAGGGAGGCUGCGCCCCGACAGAGCGCGGCGGGGCUCUCCGGCGGCCACCUGCUGCGCCCGGAGCCGCCCCGCGCUGCCCCGGCCCUGUCCGUGGUGCUGCCGCCGGACCGCGGCUCCGUGCCGCCCGCGGAGCAUCCUGUUGCGCCGGAGCGUUUGCAGAAGGAGCUCUGCCCGGGGGAUGCGCUCCUCGCUCGGAACAAUGGCUGCGCUGCCACGGCUGCUCUGCGCGUCUUCGGCCGCUUUGGUCGUCUGGGCUGGUUUUUGUUCUGCAGUAUGUGUUGAAGUUCCGUCAGAGACAGAGGCGGUCCAGGGGACGGACAUGAAGCUGCUCUGCAUCUCCUGCAUGAAAAGGGAAGAGGUCACAGCCAGCACAGUGGUGGAAUGGUUCUACAGGCCGGAGGGUGGCAAAGAUGAACCCAUCUACGAGCACAGGAAAAUGAAUCAUGAAUUUCCAAGCCGCUUCAGUGGUCGGAUACAAUGGAAUGGGAGUAAAGACAUGCAGGAUGUGUCCAUCACUGUGUUAAAUGUCACCUUGAACGAUUCGGGUAUCUACACCUGUAACAUCACCCGGGAGUUUGAGUUUGAGAUUCACCGGCCUCUCUUCACAAGCUCCAGAUUGAUCCACCUCACCGUGGUGGAGGAGGCUGGAGAAGACUUCACCUCAGUCAUCUCUGAAAUCAUGAUGUACAUUCUGCUGGUCUUCCUCACCUUGUGGCUACUGAUAGAAAUGGUCUAUUGCUACAGGAAAGUCUCUAAGGCAGAGGAGGCUGCCCAGGAAAAUGCGACAGACUACCUUGCAAUUCCAUCAGAAAACAAGGAAAACUGUGCUGUGCCUGUGGAGGAAUAGCAGAGAGGUGUCUGCAGAGUGCACAGCACCGAGGGGCUCUGAAGACAGAAGGACCACGUCAUGCCAGCCAGGUUUGAGGGGGAGCUCUACGACAUCGGGAGGAAAUACGGGGAAGUGUAAAUUCUCUUCCAUUUGCCUUGGACUCUGUACAGCCUUGACUUUGGCCUCAUGACUCCAUUCUGAGCUGCCAGCCCAUUUGUUAAAGGACUCUCCUUUUGAAGCAUGCUGAGCAAAGGGCACAGGGGGUGCGGGCAGCACGGCUCCUUCCCAAGUUUCAGUUCCAUCAUCACGUUAAUGGCUUUGUAACUGUUAAUGUCAUUUCUUAGCUGCUGUCACCACCACCUUUAUUUGCAAAAUAUGCUAGUUCUCCAUUGCAGACAUAAAGGGUAUGUGUACUGUUACUCUGACCUGCAGGAUUGGGAAUAUCUUCAUCUUAAGGUGAUGAUGUUCCACCACAGCCCAAGAAGUCACUAUAGGUGUUAAACAGGAAGAGUUUAAUUAGUGUAGUUGUUGCUCAGUAAGUUCCUUUGGACUUUGGGCUGCCAGGGCAGACGUAGAGUAGCAUAAGAACUAUAAAUGCAUUAAAACAGAUAAAAAUGUGCAGUAGGAAGAUGAGUCCCUGUGCUAUGGUCACACCUGCUUCUGAAGGAGGGAGCUGAGAAUAUAAAUCCUGAAGUACUCCUAAUUUGGGAGGCUGUAUAACGUAAGUAUAAGAAUUCCCUGUCCCCUCUCUUUCACUUAGCAAGAGUUGAAUUUCUUAGUUCCUUCUAUUUGCCUUGUGCAGCAGGUUUACUCCUCAAGCAUACAGAGACACAUUGAUAGGAAUAACCUGUGGAGCCGUGUUCAGCAACCACAGGGGAGCCAGUAAGACAAGGUAUGCUUUUAACCUGUUUCUGGGGGAUGCUAUGAAAGGAAGACAGCUGGAUGCAAACAGGCAAGCAAAGUAAAUAGGAUGCAUAGCCCUCUGAGUGGGACACAGCUUUGUAAAAUAAUACUUGCAAUUGUGAUGGUCUUCUUAUACUAUAUUGCAGCACCACCUAGAGGAAUAGAGAGAAGAUGCUUAAUUUGUCCUCGUCUGUAGUAAUUCUGUUUUGUGAUUAGUCACCAAUUUGAAUAGUCAGUAUUCAUUGUAAAUGACACAUUUCUGCACAGGAAAUACACUGUAAAUUCAAUGGUACCUAUGCAAAUUUUCCUUCUAAAUCUUAGUGGCUUAAGCAGAGUGCAAUUAGUUUGCUGGCUUCAAACAUAGAUCAGUUGAGCGCAACCAACAGGAUUAUGAGGAAACACCAGGCAGAAACAUUGGCCAGGGUAGAGUUGGACUUUAGGAUGAAGUGGGGAAAGAUUGAGGGUUUUUUCAUAUGGGAGAUGUUGUUGCAUCCCUGCUGCAAUGGAGCCUUUAUUGCUUGCAAGAGCUGACAAGUUUUGCUACACUGACUGCUUCUAAAUACUAUGAAGUGCUUGUGAAUCUCAAGGCAUGCUUCUUACGUACGGGAUUUCCCCUGCUUAUGUUCUGCUGCAGUUUGUGUUGCUAAAAAUCAUAGAGAUGUCUCCAUUUGUAAGUCCAGGACGGAUUUCUAACUGGCCGUGGUUCAAAAUUCCUUCUUUAAGAGCAAGUUUCAACUUCAGCCCAUUGUUAUGAUGCAGUCUUCACAGAGCUGAGUCUGGCAACCUGAGCACAUUUUGCAGCUGAAGCACGCUUGUAGUCUGGGCACGUUAAACUCUGAUAUCCCCAAAUACCUCCUCCUUUCAUUCUGCUGGGUGUCUUCAUUUUCCCUAGGCCAUCUUGCCUGGCCUCAGGGCACCUGGGGGCAUAAUCCUAACUCUAGAUCCACAGCAACAGAGGAGCUGUCCCUGCAGUUUCCGUCGCUGAUCAUGGCACUAACACCCAGGGUGAUUUUUAGGUAAGGUCACAGAAACCCCCCUCCCACUUCAGCCGUGUUCCUCCCAGCCCUUAUGAAGUGCUGAUAACCUGAUGGUACAACGUUGAGCCAAAAAGAAACAAAAAAAAAGAGGAGCAAACAAACUGUCUUGAGAGCUACCUCGGGUGGAAAAGAAGGGCUGUCCCGUAGUCCUGCACCUUGUGGUAUUUUACACAUUUAGAUGCUUUUUGGACACAUCUUUCACUUUUCCAGUUCCUGCAUAUGCCUAUUGCCCUGUGUUGUCCUAGAUGGGAAAAUGGUGUCUAAAUUUUGCUCAGGAUUCCCACAGUGAAAAAAAAAAACAAAAAAACAGUUGGUUUAUUUCAAGGGCAGCAUUAAAGGCAGGUUUAUGUCCUGGGAGAGACGGUCCUGGUUGGUACCUGAAGAGACCCUCUCUGUGUAUUUGGAAAUGACAGAAAAGACCAGAAGCAGGCAGGACAAUAAAAGUAACAAAGCACUCACGAGUCACACUGUUGUUUGAUAGACUUCUGUUUAAUUUAUACCGUACUUCCAUUGUACUAGCUACUUACAUGGAGUUUUGGCUGCAUAGCCUUUACAAUUCCUAGGUUCUAGCAGGUAAGUUUCAUCAUCAUUUCCUCGCGUUUUGCGCACAGCGCAAACCUGAUGACAGUUCAACAACUCCUAAAACAAAACCACGGGUCCUCCCCCAGCCCACCCUGAAGUUCAUGGCGGUGCUGCAGGCUGUGGCCAACAGCCCUCUGCUUCCCUGGCCCUGGUGCUGAAAUCCAGAAGGGGAAUGCACACCCAUGGGUUUUUGUAUGACCGUUCCCUCGCCUUGCUGACACGAGGAGAUCCUCAUUAAUCUGCAAUUGCGGCAGCGAUCGGGGUUGCAGGAUGUGGGGCUCAGGUGGGCAGAACACACUCCAGGGUGUUUAUAGCAGCUUUACCCAGCCCUGGAGCAUGUGAUGAGAUGAACUGCAGUGAGAGUGACCACGUCCCAGAGGUGCCACAGCCACACAGUGCCAGUCCUGGUGGUCAGAGAUGUACGCUGCGAUGGUUCUGCUGCUCCUCCCUCUGCUCUGAGCUCGUCGGGCCAAGAGCCAGGUUAGUGCUGCUGUAUCUGCUCUGCUAAGUGCUAUCCCAGGGGAGGUGGGCUUGCAAAGACUGGAAUGCACGUGUGUGGCGCAGGCUCCACCUCUUUGCUGGGUAGAGCUGCUUUGCAACAGCCGUUCUCCCACCUCCUUACACUGCUGGGGCAAUUUGGGCCAAGACUGAGACACGACCAAGCGGCUGUAGAACCUGAGCUGCACAUUUGUUUUAUUCCCUAACGAUUCUUGGAGUUUGGGUUGGGGAAGGGUGGCCAUUUAACGUUAGCAAUGGAAUUGGCCUACAUGAGUGAGGUAACAGAAACGGCCAGAGGAGGUACCUCCCUGAGCCAUGUGCAAAUAUAACUCCUUCCGCAGAAGGAAGUCUUUUCCCUACUGAAGAAAAUAAGAAAACAAACAAAACACAUUCACUUAAAGGGCGUACAGACUGCAUCAAGGGAAGGCAAGCAGGGACAGCACCAGGUCAGUCCAUCCAUGACAAAGGGAAUGAUUGUCCGGCAGCAGAGGUGUGUGGGGAGAGGGAAAAGCCAUAGCAAGCCCUGCAAAACGUGUGGGAGAGGGGAGCAUGGCCCACCAGGAUCCAUGCAGAGGGUUGAAGCCCAUGCUGUCUGGCUAGGUCAGGGAAUAAUCUCAGUCGGCAGUCAAUAAAGACAUGAGGAUAUUAUUUGGCCAGUGUGCACAUCUAAAAAAGAAACGUAUUAUGGCACAAAGAGAAUCGUGCAGGGGAGGGUGCAAAGCACAGGGAUCAGAGCAUGCCAGGCAGAGGGAACGGGCCAGAAAGUCAGCACAGUUACACCUCAGCAACUACACUGAUACAAAUGUUUUGCAAGCUACUUACCUCAGGUGCUUUGGUUUAAGAGUCUCUGUUUUGAGUUGUUUUUAAGCAAGCCCCUGCUGGAUAUUUAAACUAGUACUGAGACUGUCUGAAAAGACCGAGCCAGAAUCUACACGAACCCACCAUGAAACUUCUCAAUGGCAGCAGACCCUGCUGGAAUGAUCUCUAUGUUGAGCACAUACUUCAGAGUUCUGCCAACACAGUUCUGCCAGCUGCCCUGAGAAACAUGACAGAAUUGCCCCUCCUGCCCCUAGCCAGCAGUGCUGCGAGCACUGAGCAAUGCAGCUUCAGCUCUGUGCCACUUCCAGUGUUCUGUGGAACCAGAAAUUCCUAGCUUUUAAAUUAGAAAGUCGUCAGCCUGUUAUCCUGGUUGGGAAAGGGAAACUCAGAUAGAGAGCUACCUGAUUGUAUGCUGGAGAAUGGGUAGUUUGGUACAUACCUCACCUGGGAGCAAGCAUAGUAAUGCACUAGGGAUGUUCUUGUAGAGAAGUACUCUUGAGAGCAUGGCCUCUUCACAGUGGCAGCAGAGUAGGACUCAGCAUGUUAGUUAGCCACACAUUAUAAAGGAAUACCUUUUGGGGUCAGAGCCUCUUCCCAGAUCACUGCAGUAGGCCUGGGGACCAGCAUUCACAGAGGGGUUUGUCAUACCUGUGAACUUGCAUUCUAACUUGAUGUAAAUGAACUCUAUGUAAAUGAACCCAGGAGGAAGAAGAGCCUCAAAAGUUUUCCCAUUCUGAGUAGUAUGGAGUGAACCAUCUCAGCCUGGAGCUCUUUCCUGGUGCGGGACAGGGUGCAAGCUGCAGGCUGCCCUCUCUGUCCCCUCUUCAGGUGCUUCUGAAAUACAGAUCUGAGAAGGCAAAGCUAGCAGGAAAGGAAGAGGGAUAAGGACCAUGGGACAAGGAGGGACUGCACUCAGCACAGCCUGCAUGUAUGCACUCCCUUCUGAGUAGCACUUCUUACGUGCAGCCAAACUGUGAAGCCUCUGUAUCUGCACAGAAAUCACUGCAGAGCAUAUCCAAAAGGUCUCACCUUAAGUACUGGCACUAAGUGUUCCCAGUUGCUAAUUGGAAAAUGAACUUUCUACUGGCUCCUAUAAAGGUGGGGAAAAGCAUAUUUGUGCAGGCUAGGUAGUUUUAUGCUGAGGGAUGAGCAGGCUGAAGUAUGUCUCCAUCUACACCCAAGCGAGCUUCUGAAACAAACGGUCUGUCUGAUGGGAAAAGUGCUCAAAUUCACCUUGAGCUCAUCUCAGAUGCCAUAACCCAAACGUUUCCUUUUAGGUAACCAUUAGAAGGUAUGUAUUUAUUAAAAUUCUGUCAAGCUAGGAUUAGUGAUGCAUUCUUCUCCUACAGAAGCAGGUGAUAUAGACAAACAGGCAAGAUGGCUUUGUCAUCUCCCUCCUGCUGAUAGGUAGCAUCUUACUUGGCACAAAUUAGGUUACUCUCUGUUGGCAUGAAUGUGCACGUUUGGCUGGAGCCAUGUUUCUUUGACAGUCUCUUUUGUAGCUGCCAAAAUUCAGCAAAUCCAAACCCAGCUCCACUUGCUGGACAGAUUAUUUCUGUCAGACAUGUUAAACCCAGUUUAACAUGCAGGCAAAAUGAAUAGUAGUGCUUAAUACUUUUACAGCUGCCUGUGUGCAACCUCACAUUAAUUUGUCUCUAAGGCCAAGCCCAAGGAAGCUGUACCAGUGGGAACAUCCAGAACCCAACGUGACCGCAGUCUGCAGAGAUGCUGCAGAGGAAGGAGGAUGCACAUGCGAGCAAAGGGAUUUCUUGCCUCCAUAACCAGCAAGAGAAUGUCAGCUUGUGCCAAUUCGAGCUAGAGACCAACGGACACAUGAGACCUGCACCAUUUCUUGUGGGAACACACAGCUGACUCCUUCCUGCCAUCUAGGAGUGGACAUGGCCUGCUUCUGAACAAAGGUUCUCGACAAAGGUGGAGACUGAGUGCCUUGCAUGUCACCUACCCUACCGGGCUGGGCUGGCCAGCAUGGCAGCAAAUUGCAUUUCUGCUCCAAGAGACGUAGAAGAUGAUUGCCAGGGAGACCUGCUCUCCACAGCCCUACAGCAAUUCCUCUGGAGGCCUCCUCUCCAAACGGGGGAUCGUUUCAUAAGGGAUCGAUGGUGAUUGCCAAAACCUCUCUGCCCUGAAGCCAGCAAGGAUUCUCUCCUUUACUUGUCUGGACUCCUGUGAGAUGAUAGAGAACCCACGUGAAUAGCCCUUGGGACCUUCUGCCCAGCCCAGCAUCAGAAGACAGACUUAAAGAGAGAUGGGAACGGAGGUGAUGCACCUGGUGGGCUGCAGUGGUCCAGAAGAGCUGUAGUGUGUUGGAGCCAAACACCUGCAUGCUAGAAGAGCAGUGUGUUGUCAUUGCCUGGGAGAUGAAUACAGCAGGACAUAGCACCAUGGCCACUGAUGGGGAAUGCAGUGUAGCACUGUUGGACAGGCCUAAUCAGUCCUCCAGGUGCAAGCACUCAAGCCCCUGACAAGAUCCCCAGACUGGCUGCCCUGAGCUGCCACUCAGGGGCUCAAGCAGAUGAAAGCACUGUGCUUGGAGAGCAGGUGGAGCUUGCCUGGGCCAAGGUUGAGGAUAAAUCUCCAUAGAGCAUAAGAGAUGUGAGGAGUGUAGUGAGGAGGAGCAUAGUCAAGACAGUUGCAGGAAGACUCCAGGACAUAUCAGGGCCCUUUUUGCACACUUUUCCCUGGAAAGAGAUUUAUCCUCAUCUUGAGCCAGUCAAGCUUCACCUACUUGCCUGGUGUGCUGCAGUCACAGGGCCAUGAGUAGCAACCUGUCCUGGUGAUCUUCCCAACAGGAGCUUGAGUGCUUGCAACUGUCCUGCUCAACCAGCUCCAUAUGUGGAGAUAAAGCAAUGACAUUUCAAGCAUAAAAAAACAAAAAGCUACUGCAAUUUAAAAAUGGCUGCACUCUCAAUCUCUAAUAAACAGUGGUCUACUUCUAA